GCCACACCGUGAAAUUUGAAUAUGGAUUUGGGUAUGGGAUGGCUUGUGUUUAUGGGAUUGCAGGUGAUGUUAUUUAUAUCAGCGAGGGGUAGUGAAGCACAUUCAGUGCACAGCCAUAAGUGGAAGAUCGAUUACCUGGAGUGGUCACCUGACUGUGUGAAAGAGACGGCGAUCGCCAUAAACGGGCAGUACCCAGGACCGGCAAUCAAAGCCCAAGUGGGGGACAUCAUUGUAGUGGAAGUGGAGAAUCUAUUGCCAACAGAGAAUGUGGUCAUUCACUGGCAUGGCAUUCAUCAGAUUGGAACUCCAUGGAACGACGGAACGGCGUCCGUAUCACAAUGUCCCAUCUUCGCCGGCGAGACUUACAACUAUACCUUCGUUGUAGACAUGCCGGGGACGUACUUCUAUCAUGGCCACUACGGGCUGCAGCGGACGGCAGGUCUGUAUGGAUGGUUGAUAGUGGAUGCGGCGGAGGAGGAACCUUUCUCCUACGAUGGAGAGCUGAGAAUACUGUUGAAUGAUCAGUGGCACCAGAGCGUGUACGAGCAAUCAUAUGGUCUCUCUUCCCGCCCCAUGCACUGGGUCGGGGAGCCUCAGGUAUUUCAACUGCACCUUAUUCUCAGUUACGCAUUUGACAUUUUAUUUUCUGCUCCCUUAUGCUGA